AUGGGUGGGCGAAUCAACUUUAGCCUAGUCACGCUGAAAAAGCUGAAGGAGAAAUACGACAACAUUCACCUAAUCAGUUUCAAUCUGGACGAUUACAUGGCCAAAACUCCGCUCGAGUAUUGGUACCAUUGCAACGGCUGGAGGGACGGGCCUUUUCACGUGUCUCAUCUCAGCGACGGACUUCUAUUCUUAACGCUGCACAAGUACGGCGGAUACUAUUUCGAUCUGGGCGUGAUAUCCGUCCGCCCAGUCACAGACCUGCGCAAUUUUGUAGCCGCUGAAUCGGACGACUAUCUCGGCAGUGGGGUCCUCCAUGCGGAUUUCAAGAAUCCCGUCAUGGAAUUGGCCGUCAAAGAUUUUGCCGCCAAUUACCGGUCAGACGUAUGGGGCCACAAUUGUCCCGCUUUGUUGCGAUUUCAGUUCCUGAAAAAUUGGUGUAAAGCCCAGGAUCUCCUGGAGAUGAACUAUGUCAGUUGUCACGAGUUCAACGUUCUUCACUACUCGUCGUUUUGCCCCGUCUACUAUUCGGUUGCGACGAAAGAAUUUUUCAUCCAUCGACUGGCCAACCAAAGUCUACCUGCUUGGCUCACCGACCAGGUGGUUGGCGUUAACACCUGGAACAAGUUGACGUACAACAAACCAAUUUACAAGAAUUCGACCCAUCGUUACACUUUGCUGGCCCGAAAUCUUUGCCCGUCCAUUUUCGCUAUUGCUCCCGAAAUCUUUUAA